CCCUACUCGACGUCUACGCACACUUGUCGAACUCCAAGUUCGAUUGUUCUUCUUUUUCUUUUGUCUUUUGCUGCGGGUUCCCGCCGUCGAACAUCCCUACGAUCCCCCGGAUACCCACGACUCGUCUCUGCCGACAAGGUUGCGGCUCGGGACGCGGCGCCACGUGAAGUCGCAUCCAAGAUCCCCGCGUUUGGCCGUGACACGACUCCAACAUGUUCAAGUACAUCAAAGCCGCCCUCGCGCCCAAUAUCGAGCCAGAGCUCCCGGCGGCCUACUUCGAGAACAUCAAUGCCGUCCGGAAGCUGUCGUUUACGUCCUCGAGCGACUUCUCGCUCCCGGAAUUCGACCCGCUCACAGCGUCCGCGUAUGAGCUGUCGGAGAUGCUCAACGCUGGAGCUAUCACGAGCGUAGAGAUUAUUGAGGCGUAUCUACAUCAGAUUGACCAGCACAAUCGGAGAGGGAGGCAGCUGCGCGCUUUGAUUUCGGUAGCUCCCAGGCAUGAGUUGAUGCGGAUAGCGAGGAGACUGGACGACGAGAGGGCGAGAGGGAAGAGAAGGAGCCCGCUUCACGGCAUCCCGAUAGUGCUCAAAGACAACAUCAUGACAGAUGCGAAUCUGGGAAUGGACACGACAGUCGGUUCCUACGCUUUCGUCGGAUGCAUACCGAAGAAGAACGCCACGAUCGUCGACCGACUGAUCCGGAGGGGCCUUAUAAUACUCGGCAAGUCGAACUUGACCGAGUUCUGCGGCCUCAAGAACCCUUCGAUGCCUCCGGGCUGGUCGGCGGUGGGAGGACAGUGCCAGUCACCGUACGUCGCGAGACAUAUUGCGAAGAAGAAGCUACACUGGGAGCUUUCGGCGCCAGGAGGGUCAUCUACGGGCUCUGCUGUGAGCGUAGCUUCUGGAUUCAGCACGCUCGCUAUUGGAACCGAUACGAUCGGCUCGCUCAUCACACCUGCAAAUCGCGGUGCGCUAUACGCACUGAAGCCGACAGUUGGAGAGGUACCGAUGGACGGCAUUUUCACGCUUAGCAAGAGCUUCGACUCCGCGGGCGGAAUGGCCAAAUCCGCCAAAGACCUCGUAGCCCUCAUGGACGCCCUGCUCUCCCCCACCAGCAAAGAGUCCAGCGCCCGCGUCCCCAAGACAUGUUUCCGGAUCAAGGAAGACUGGGGCAACCUGCGCAUUGGCUUUACCGAGCCGACCAUCUGGAGCUCGUGGCGGAAGUGCGGUCGGAUCAACGCUGACGCCGAGCGCUUCAUGCUUCAGAAAUACGAAAUGGUGGUUCAGAGCCUGAUCGAGAUGGGUGUGGAUAUCGUGUAUCCGGUUGAGCUGCCUAGUCAGGCCAGUCUGAAUUUGGACGGGAAGAAUAGCUUCGAGCCGAUUGUUUACUCAGAGUUCAAAGAAUGCCUCGCAGAGUUCAUCCGCCAAUUCAAAAUCACAAAAGUCCACUCCCUCGCCGAAAUCAUAAACUUCAACCUCGAGCAUCCCGAGCUCACCCUCCCACCCUCUUGUCCACACCAAAACGACCUCAUGGCCGCCCUCCAAUCCGGCGUCCUGCGCGACCAAGUCCGCGCCGCCCGCGAACACCUCCAAACCGCCGGCGGCCGCGACGGCCUCGACUACCUCUUCUCAUCCCUCCAACUCGACAUCGUCGUCGCCCCCGGCGACGCUGCGCUCUCCUCUCUCGCCGCCGCAGCCGGCUACCCCACAGCCGCAUGCCCGCUCUCCGCUCUAAAGCUCAACGGUCAACCGUUUGGCAUGACGCUAGCCUCUCCACCGCACACCGAGCACGUCCUGCUGCACUUCCUCACCGCAUACGAAGCCACGUUCCCGCCGCGCGCACUUCCCUUACCACUUAGCACCGUACCCUUGCAGGAUCCGCACCCAGAACCGCUGCCCGACAAACCGAUCGUCGACCUCAUUCUGCACGAGUGGGACACAAGGCGAUUCAGCUGCAGUGCGGAUGCGCUAGCCGAUUGGCUGAAUGCACGAUGGAGGAAGAGCGGGUAUGAGCUGAGUGCCGAGACAGUGUGUGAGGUGCUGAGGAGUAAUGGGCGCAUUGCAUUUAGGGGGUUGGGGGAUGAUGCUGCGGGCGCUUUUGCGAGAUGAGCUGGGCUCGUUUCUUCUCGUCUUUUCUGCUUUUCGUUUCUUGAACGAGGACAGGUCGUGGUUUUUUUUUUUUCCUUUGUGCGUUUGGUGUGGUGGGCAGGGAUUUAGCGUGGUGUUUUGGCGGCUUUUGCAUAUGAUAUCCACUCGCUUGUUGCAUUUUCAUGGGAUUGGGGGGCUGACUGGAAAAGGAAGGGAGGCUUUGGGAAUCAAGCAGGGUAUGAGUGCUGGCUGGGAAGGAGAACCCGAGGAACUGAGUAAUGAGGCGGAAUAUAGUGUCUCAGGGUUUGGGGACCAGUUGAACUGCUGUGUUCAGGAUGGCGCGUGCUCUUAUGAUAUCCCUUGAAUUCCUCUUCAAAGUAUGGAAUAGCUGAGAAAUUGAUUCAAAACCAUUCCCGAUCUCAG